UCCAGCUGCUGGGACAGGUCAUCCUCAGCUCUGCGGCCCCGGAGCAGCUCCAGCUCCAGGCUCCAGGCUCCAAGCUCCUCCCCGCUCCCGUUAAAUGCUCGCUCUGCAGCUCAGGCUGCUGCAGACGACGACAGGCAGGACUGCGGAGCUGUAGGGAAGACUUGUGUCUUCAUCCUCCUCCUCCUCCGCCUCCUCCUCCUCCAGGAGAACAUCACAGCUUUCUUUUUCUACCAUCAUCAUCAUCCAAGAAGCUGCUAUGAAGACUAUUCUUGCUGCGUAUUCUGGAGUCCUGAAGGGCACCGGCUCCAGUAUCCUCUCUGCCGUGCAGGACCUGCCACUUGCCGUCUGGCCCUGCAGAUCCAAGAUGGAAAAGCACCUGCAGGUCCUCUCCGUGCUGCAGUGGGUCAUCUGCUUCUUAGCCAUGGGUGUUGCCUGCACUUUCCUGCUGAUCUACAUGUUCUGCACUGACUGCUGGCUCAUCGCGGCCAUUUACACAGCCUGGCUCAUCUUUGACUGGAACACGCCAAAACAAGGUGGAAGGAGGUCCUCCUGGGUGAGGAGCUGGACAGUGUGGACAUAUUUCCGAGACUACUUCCCAAUAAGGCUAAUUAAAACCCACAACCUGCUGCCCAGCCGGAACUACAUAUUUGGCUACCACCCUCAUGGCGUCCUGUGUUUCGGUGCCUUCUGCAAUUUUGGGACAGAGGCCACAGGCUUCUCCAAGAAGUUCCCGGGCAUCAAGCCUUCCCUGGCAACACUGGCAGGAAACUUCCGCCUGCCCGUGCUUCGGGACUACCUGAUGUCUGGAGGUAUCUGUCCAGUGAACAGGAACUCUAUUGACUACCUGCUGUCGCAUAACGGGACAGGAAAUGCCGUGGUCAUCGUUAUCGGAGGAGCGGCAGAGUCUCUGCACUGUGCGCCCGGCAUGAACGCUGUCACUCUGAAGAACCGUAAAGGCUUUGUGAAGCUGGCCCUGUCAAAAGGGUCUGACCUGGUUCCUGUGUAUUCCUUUGGAGAAAAUGACGCCUACAAGCAGGUGAUCUUUAAGGAGGGAACCCGCUGGCGAGCUCUACAAAAGAGAUUACAAAAGCUCAUAGGCUUUGCUCCGUGUGUUUUCCAUGGAUGUGGCCUCUUCUUUGGAAAUUCCUGGGGCAUCGUGCCUUUUUGUAACCCCAUCACCACCAUAGUUGGUGAGCCGAUCACAGUGCCAAAAAUUGAGGAUCCAACUGAUGACGUGGUGGAUAUUUACCAUGCAAUGUACAUCAAGUCUCUCCAGUGCCUUUUUGACAAGUACAAGACCCGCUUUGGUCUGAAAGAGAGUGAUGUCCUGUACAUCCAGUGAAAGGAUAAAGAGUUGGGAGCCGUGCUGAGGCUCCGAACUGUGAACCCCUCUGCUCCCUUCCCAUCCUCCUCAUACGAUCUUGUUGGACAGGUUGGAUCAUCAGUGGACUGUAGACUCUACACAAGAGCAUGUCUGCGAAAGAAAACUUUGCUUUUUGUGUUUUCUCUCUCUCUCCGUCUUUCCCAAAAAUGCACGUCAACAUACAGACAAAUGCAAAGUCUCCUCUGUGGAAAUGGCAGGAUUGAACCAAAGUCGUCUCUCCCUGCUGAUGUCACUUGGACAAAGUUACCCAAAGUGCACCUUUGUCGUCUCUGUUGUCAUUUUCUCUGGGAAGGCAUCACGUGUGGACCGUCCUAUCGGUGCAGAGGGAGGGGACGUCCACCAGAUGGAGCUAGAAGCUGCAUGCAGGACUUAAAAGAAGCGCAAAGAUCUUUAUUCACUCAUGCAAUUGUAUCAUUUCACGAUCCUGCAAUAUGCAAAACGCACAAACAAUGCAAAUGAAGGAUACCACUUUAUUUUUGGGAUAAUAAGCCCAAACGUUAAUUGAGCCAAAGACCUAAUAUGUGUUAACCCCACACAUGCAUGUGUGCGAAAGCUGAGAGUAAUUCUACACAGUGCAUUAACAUUGUGAAUGCACAACACACAAGUGCCCGUGAUUGCACAGUGCCAUAAAGUAUUAAUUGUAUUCUGUAGAGAGUGAGAAGCCUAUUUGAGUGCUUGUCCCUCAAUGAAUUUUUGUGAUGCACUUUUUUGUAUUGCUGAUUACCUUGUGAAGUUUUCGCCUCAAGAAAAGCAAAGAAAAGCCUUCGAUUUGAAACAUUUUUCCAGGAUUUAUUAUACUCUGCUUGAUUUUUCCCUUCUUGUCCCACUGGUGUCCACACCUGGAUGUUGUCUGUGCAGUCUGUUGUAGCGCUGAGCUGCUGAUGAAGAAGGUGAAAUAGUUUUGUGGGUGAAAGUGAUUCCAGUGUUGAGUGCUUUGUAAACAUUCCAUGGAUGGAAUAAUGCCUUAUACCUGGAAAUACGUUUUAUUUGCAGGUGUCACUUGUACUUAUGGUAAAUAAGUGUAUAUGAAUAUAGAAUGUGUCGCAGGAAUCAUCAAAAGGAAUUGAUGGACAUGGAGCUGGGCCAGAUAGGGUUGUCUUUUGAAAAACAACUUUCCUGGUCUCGACUGUUGUGAGUUGAUGAAGAGCAGUGUAAUCUCUGUGCAGUGAAUUUGCCAGCAAUAAACACAGUGAGUAAUGUCUGUCUGAUGAAA